AUCCGGACGCUAGUCACCACCACCGAAUCAAUUGGUGAUUACGGCGAGCAUAAUAAAAUCGUUUAAUAGUUCAUGGUUUGACCGAUCUCUCCGAGAAAUGAACAUUCUGAUGUACGGGAAGGUAGCAUGAAGACAUGAGAAGACACAAAAUGGCGGAAACCGAAACAGCACCACAUACAAACGGCAUUGAUACUAUAGCGGAAGAGGACGAAUGCAACAAAACGAGGCCAGCAGAUAUCGAAGCAGAUAUGCGCGAAAUGGAACGCCGCAAACGGGUUGAGGUCAUGAUGAGCUCCCGUCUCUUCCGUGAGGAGCUUGAGCGGAUCGUUGACAGUCAGAUGCGUGAUGGAGGAUCGCACAACAUCCUUCAGCAACUGUCUGACAUCAUGGGAAUGCCUGCAGCACGCGUCGGCAGUGUAUUCAAGAGCUCCAACUGUGUUGUCCCCAUUAAUGAUAUUCGUGGCAUGGAAGCCAUGGGAUAUGAGAAGGGUGAAAAAAUUCUUCGCUGCAAGCUAGCCGCCGCCUUCAGGCUGGUUGACUUGUACGGUUGGGCACAGGGUAUCAACAGUCUGAUAACGGCUCGUCUGAAUGCCGACCAAGAACUCUUCUUGGUUAAUCCGUUCGGUGUUCUCAACCAUGAAAUCACAGCGUCUUCACUGAACAAAGUGAACAUGCAAGGACAAAUUGUCGAGCAGGGGACGACCAACUUCGGCGUGAACACUAGUCAAUUUACACUGCACUCCGUGAUUCAUGCUGCAAGGCCCGAUAUUAGAUGUGCAAUAUACGUCGGUUGCAACGCAGUAGUUGCAAUUUCUGCUUUGAAGCAAGGACUGCUUCCGUUAACCAAGGAUAGUGCUUUGCUCGGAGAAAUUUCUGUACAUACGUACACCGGAGCUCUUAAUGAACCAGAGGAAAAGGACAAGCUGCUGCGAAGUCUUGGGCCAGUGUCGAAGGUUCUAUUGCUGUCGAAUCAUGGCGCCAUCUGCUGUGGCGAAACUGUUGAAGAAGCUUUCUACGCUGUUACUCACAUUGUGGCAGCGUGCGAAGCGCAGCUAAAACUACUGCCAGUGGGGUUGGAUAAUCUGGUUGUAAUCCCAGAAGAAACGCGCAAAGCAAUUUAUGACGCUUCGCGAAAACCUCCGGAGAGUGUUGCAUCCAAUGCUGCAUCUGCAGAUAAUAAGGAGCGUUCACAGGCUCCGAAAUGGCGAGUGGGCGGUGCAGAAUUUGAAGCAUUAAUGCGAAUGUUGGACAAUGCCGGUUUCAGGACCGGAUACAUUUACAGAAAUCCGUUGGUGAAGAAUGAUCUUCCUAAACCGAAGAACGAUGUAGAGGUUCCACCAGCAGUCUCCUCGUUGGGUUAUUUGAUCGAAGAGGAGGAGCUAUUCAAACAAGGCAUCUGGAAGAAAGGAGACUUCCGCAAAGGUGGUGACCGCUCUAGGUGGUUGAAUUCGCCGAAUGUCUACCAGAAGGUAGAAGUACUGGAAACCGGCACACCAGACCCGAAGAAAAUCACAAAGUGGAUUGAUGCAAACGUUGAUGAGUGGGUUGCGGAAGCUUCGCCAACACAUUCUUCGACGCCGGUUAAGAUCGAUAGCGCAAUGCAAUUCGUCCCUCCUAAUACCAAUCCGAAAGAGUUUAAGCGAAUCCAACAACAGAUCAAGGACUACCGACGAGCAGACAAGAUUUCUGCAGGCCCACAAUCGCACAUUCUGGAAGGUGUCUCCUGGGAUGAAGCAAACCGACUGAAAGAUGCAAACGUUUCUGCAACUGGUGAUCACGUUGUCCUCAUGGGUGCGGCCUCCAAGGGCAUUAUUCAGCGGGGCUACCAACAUAACGCAACAGUAUAUAAAGCACCGUAUGCUAAGAAUCCGUUCGAUUCCGUUACCGAUGAUGAGCUGAAUGAAUACAAGAAAACCGUCGAGAAGAAGCGACAUGGCGAUUACACCGAUACAGAUUUCUCCGAAUCCGAAGCACUGAGCUCUCUCCAAAUUUCGGAAAAGACUAAGAACCAGACCAUGAGUCCUCCAAGCCAGUCAGAGCCUGAAGACACUGCCGCAGAACACCAGGUGCUUAGAAUAGAAACCAAGCAAGCUCCCAAGCCUAGUCAGCCCGAAGUUGUACUAAGUGAUGGUGAACAUGUACAAAAUGGCGACCACUCGGAUACUCACAUGAGCACGUUUUCACACAGCAGCAAAGAGGUAAUAAUCUUUUAUAUCACUUAUUUCUUUUCAAUGCUGGUCGAGUCCGUCCAUCUUAGUUGUUUGAAACCAAUGAAUGUCCCCGAAAAAGAAAUCACAAUUAACAAAAUUUAUUAUCGCGCAUUUGAAAGUUGAUCCAAUUUGCAAAUC